CUGUCAAGUGUCACAAUUUUAUGUGUGAACUCGAGAUAAAAAAUGUUUUCCAUAAAUACGCACUAGACUUUGAAAUUUCGCAACCAAUGGUGAAAUGGAAGCUAGUGUUAAGUUAAGUUAAGUUAUGAUAGCUUGUAUUAAGCUGAAUAAAUAAAUAAAUUAUUCUAACGUAAUUAAUGUGAUAAAAUUAGAGGAACGGGCAUACAUUAUUUUUUAUUAUAUAUUGAAUUUUCUGCUUCAUACAAAUUGCCAAAUUAUGUUAUCAUCGGCCUAAGAAUGUGUGCGUGGCUUUAAAUGGUCCUAAAAAGUACAAUUGUGAACUCGACAGAAUUUCAUUGAAAACCCUACUGUCAAAAAAUUGGUGGUUUUUUCUUCUGACCCCAAAACAAUCAUGCCUCCACCCGGCUUAGCUAAAUAUUUUUGUUAUUAUAAACAAAUAUCUUAAAAUCUAUUACUUACGAAUACCAAAUUGUUAAAAAAUAUCAAAUGAAUGUAAUAAAUAUUAAGAAUACCCAAAUCAUAGAAUAGCUUUUCGAAUUUAGAAAAAGAAUCAUGGAUAAAAGAUACGAACCGUCGAAAGAUUAUGGAAGAGUUAACAAAAAACCAAAGCUCGAGAUUAUCGUCGGGAAGGGUCGUUCUAAUCAGAAUGCUUUAGGUGGCCCAAGUACGUCAAGAUAUGCAGCCAAACAAGCAAGUCCAGCAAGGUCAAGUCCAGAUGAUUUCUGGGAUGAUGACGAUGAUGAAGUUCUCCUCAUGGCAUCACAAGUAGUGGAGAAAUGUUCCGGCGGGCAAACCAUCCAAUUGUCAAGUCAAACGAGAGAAUUUACUUUUAGUGAAUUUGCUCCCAAUGUCAAAAGCACACAAAAGUAUUUUGAACGCGAUGUGGAACUGUUCUCGGAAAUGGACGAUGACUGGGAUGAUGGCGUCGUUGCAGUUUCCGAAAAACCCUCAUUAUUUCAAUCAACUCAAAAGGACGCACCGGUAUUCAAGGUGCCUGAAGUGGCGGUAUCAUCAAAGAGAACACAUCAAGAGUCAGAGAGAACUGAACGUCCUUUCAGCAGUGAUCUUCCGAAAUCUGCGACUCCGAUGCUGGCACAAGCUGCAUUUAACACCAACUCGGCUAACUUCAAUUCUGCCCCCAUAAGCAUGUCCCAACCGAAUUCAAUCAACAAGAAUUCCAAUCGGGAGAAAGCUCACGAAUGCCAAAUACAAUUCCUCCAAAAGCGAGCUGAUACCCUGAAGAAGGAGAAUGCCAAAAUCACCAAAGAACUUGAUGACUUUCGCAACAAAAUGGAGAGCAAAGAUGGAGAGGUAUCGUUGCUGCGCGAUGAAAUCCGUCAUUUGAAGCAACAAAUCCAGAAUGCCCAACGGGAGAAGCUCCAAUCGAGCGAUGUUGUGAAAACCGAAUGGCAAGAUAAAAUCAAUGAGUUAUCGAAGCAAGUUGAGGCUCAACAAACCGUCCUGGAGUUCAAAACCAUGGAAAUCUCCAAGUUGAAGAUGAAUCAUGCUGACGAGACGAUGAGAUUCGAGAAUAGCAUGAGAGACAAUCUCAAUGAGAGCUCAAUCUCUGCGGCUCAUCAAACCAACCUCCGAGUGACCACUUCAAACCGCCGACGAAUGACCCAUGUCCAGUGUUCUGCACGUCUAAAUAGAAGAGUCCCAGCAGCGUGCAACAUUCCCAUCGAAAUUUUCGAUCAAUCCAUAGAAAAAGGGAACAGUAAGUUUCGCAAGGAUGUCUUCCAUCGAGAAAUGGAGCGGUUGCAAUUCCACAUGACUCGUGCUCAAUACAUUGGCCAAUUGAAAUCUAACCAGAAAACAGAGUUGGCUGGAAGUGUCAUUGAAUCUGCGAAAUGUGUAAUCGCAGAGUUCUGGACGUAUGUUCAUAGUUUGGAAUACAACAAACAUAGCCACAGUCUUCCACAUCACUCCUAUGACAUCACAAAGGAUUCAAGACAGCAAACGGAUCGGAGCAGUCUCUUCCAAGCGGAAGUCCUCUUUCCCAGUGAAAAAGCUAUAAACCUCCGGCGUUACAUAGCUGGGCUGAGUAUCAUCUGUAAGUUGGUCCCUGAAGCUGGAGCACUUCUCUUCACUGUACAUCACAACGAAUAUCUCCUCAUCCAGAUCAUUGUGGACGGACUUAACAAGUUGGGAUUUUCAAAUGAAAUCUGCCAGCAUUUUGGUGUGAUUGAAUCAUUCGCCAUGCUCCUGGACACGCUGUGGGACAAUCACUCGGAAGGCGAUCAGGACGAAGAGCAUUUGAUGAGUUUCCUCAAAACGCUGGUAUUUUGUAGGCCUAAUGCAUGGGCGAGCAAAUUCAUCACACUCUGUCUGCAAAAACUCUCACCAACCGCUCGAGAUCAACUAUGCGGGAAUUCAAGAAGUCCUAACUUUAGUGUGUCUCAAGUCCUCUACAAAUUCACUACAGAAUCAUGUCUCCUCCAAGUCUAUGCGUGCUUAUUGGAGACUGCUUUCCCCGCCAACCAGGAGCUAAGUAGGAGUGAAUUUAAAUUGCUUUCGGAGAUUUGCUACAAUCAUGUGAUUUUCUUCACGAGCUGCUUCCCAUCACCUCCACGAUUCGUGGCCAAUAUUCUACCACACGAUGAUGACGUGGAUGAGGAAGGUUUGAUGUCUCAGCAACCUGGAGUCAAUGUCAAGUGCCAGUGCUAUGUUAUGAUGUGCAGCAGUGUGGUUAAGUUGUUGUAUCAGGUCAUGCGACAAUGGCAACGCAUGGAACGGCAACAUGAAGUAAAACUCAUUGAGAACAUAGCCAAAGUUGGAGUACGGCUUUUGCACACGAUUUACAUCCGUUUCUACAUGACGAAGCUCUUUGAUCACAAAGGUUAUCUAACCCGACACUAUCUCUACUUUAUUUGUAAAUAUUGGCUAGACAGUAUGGAUUUGUUGCAAUUUAUGGAAUCCCACAGAGAAGCCUUAGACCAAUUAGCAAGCUCUCAUAUCGUGGAGAUAAAAUCCCAACCAGAGCAAAGGAACACAUCCAAAGUGGACAGGGAUUUGAAGAGAUGGUAUGAACAUUCUGGAGAUGUUGCACAUGAAAAUAUGGACUGUAUAGAUGUUGAUGCAGAGGAUCUGAGUGAUUUCAUGAAGCUGCACAUAACCGAAAAAGCUUGCAAAGCUGAAUUAUUCUUUAAGAGAUAUUAAACAUUUAUAAUAUUUUGACAAUAAAUUAUUAUUUUUUUUUCGUAGGAAAAGAUAUAAUUCAGUUUUGUUUGCUUCUGGUAUGAUGAAAACCUUUAAAAGAUUAUGAAAAAUAGAAUAGAAGAUAAUUUUGUUGUUGUUACGAAAAUAUGUACCUAUAUGUAUUUUUAUAUGUUAAGAACGUUUUAGGAAUAUAUUAUAAAUAUUAUUGUUAUUGAUAUAAACUAAACACCCACUUGAAUGUGAGUACAAAAAAAAACUAGUAAUA